CUCGGACACAAUGCCGCCCGGACCUGGCAGACCAGCAUUGCAGGAACCAGACUACCAUCAAGAAAUCAAGAAAAAAGUUAAAAGAACACAACAUCCUGCUUUCUCUCUCCGUUUCCAAGCAUCCAGCAUCCAGCAUCAAGAACCAAGUACCAGCCCUCGUCCAUAGCCCCUCACCCAAUACCUCUUCCGUACCUACUUAAAUACCUACCUGCCAACCAGUUCAUCGCCUCUUCACCACCUCUUCACCACCUCUCCAUCCUCUCUAAACCCCAAGCCCGCCGUCAAAAUGAAGUUCCUACUCAUGCUCCUCACCCUCGCCGCCGGCCUCGUCGCCGCCCAAGACAUCUCCGAUAUCCCCGCGUGCGCUCAGCCGUGCAUCGCCGACGCCGUCUCCUCCGCCACCGACUGCUCGGUCACCGACUACAAAUGUAUCUGCAUCCCGGACAACGCGCAGGCUAUCGCCUCAGCUGGCGCGCCGUGCGUGGUGGAGAAGUGUGGGAGUGAGGUUGCUAUUAAUGUAGUCCUCCCUGCUGUUGAGAAGUUCUGUGACGAGGUUAAUGCUUCCUAAAGUGGGCUUCUUGUAUCUGCGUCUACCUACGAGUCUACCUAUGAAGCUUGGUAGCUACGCUGUGGCCUUUGGACAAGGCAAUGGACGACGAAUGAGACUUCUGUGUUCGAACCGGACAAAAUGUGGUGUGUGCUGUGGACGAGCUACCAGAGGAAGCAACAUUGAAGAACAUAACGCAAGCUGGGACAGUAUUGAACUGUGG